GCGCCUCCUCUCCCCUUCCCUUCGCCCCCUUUGAUCGCGCCUCUCAGUCCCGCGUACCCCUCUCGCUCUUCCCCGCGACUCCUUGACCCGGCAUGGAGGGCUCUGGCAAGAUGGAGAGCGGAGCGGGCCAGCAGCCGCAGCCCCCGCAGCCUUUCCUGCCUCCCGCCGCCUGCUUCUUCGCUUCGGCGGCGGCGGCGGCGCAGAGCGCGCAGCAGCAGCCGCAGCCGCAGCAGGCGCCGCAGCUGAGCCCAGGGGCCGACGGUCAGCCCUCAGGGGGCGGUCACAAGUCAGCGGCCAAGCAGGUCAAGCGCCAGCGCUCGUCCUCUCCCGAACUGAUGCGCUGCAAACGCCGGCUCAAUUUCAGCGGCUUCGGCUACAGCCUGCCGCAGCAGCAGCCGGCCGCCGUGGCGCGCCGCAACGAGCGCGAGCGCAACCGCGUCAAGUUGGUGAACCUGGGCUUUGCCACCCUCCGGGAGCACGUCCCCAACGGCGCGGCCAACAAGAAGAUGAGCAAGGUGGAGACGCUGCGCUCCGCGGUCGAGUACAUCCGAGCUCUGCAGCAGCUGCUGGACGAACACGACGCGGUGAGCGCCGCCUUCCAGGCGGGCGUCCUGUCGCCCACCAUCUCCCCCAACUACUCCAACGACAUGAACUCUAUGGCGGGGUCUCCGGUCUCGUCCUACUCCUCCGACGAGGGAUCCUAUGACCCUCUCAGUCCGGAGGAACAGGAACUGCUAGACUUCACCAACUGGUUCUGAGGAGCUGUCCAGUCCUACUGGAAAAGGACUUUGAAAGUAGAGCGACAGCAGAUCCUGUGUCUUUAGUGUUUCUCGCCAAGGACAUUGAGAGGGAGGAAGAAAACAAACAAACCAGACGGCCAACG